UACACAUGCACCGGAACCGGAAAAUGGGCUUCGCGGAUUCCAUAGCGUUCAAAUAUGGCGGAAGACGGAAAAGAUGGCCAAGAUCUCAUUGAACCCAUGGACUUCCAAGAAGAAGAGCUAGCUACAUCAAGUUCCAGUAUAGCAGACACAAAGUUUGACAUCACAGUUGGGCACAUAGAAGACAUAAUUAUAGAGGACAAGUUCCAAAACAUGCAGGCCUGCUUCAUGGAUAAAUACUAUAGAGAAUUUGAGGAUACAGAAGAAAAUAAAUUUUGUUACACUGAUAUACAUAAAGAAUAUUUAGAAUUAGUGGAAAAACACUUAGACACAGAGCUCAAUGAAAGAAUGCCAGGAUUUUCCAUGGAUGAAUUCUCAAAACAAUUAAUAUCCAGAAAACAAGAUUUAGAGGGAGAAGUGUUUGACAUGCUCCUGACAUUUAGUGAUUUCUUAGCAUUUAAAGAAAUGUUCUUAGAUUAUAAAGCAGUAAAAGAGGGCGAUACCAUAGAUCUGAGUUCAGGGUUUACAAUCACGCCACUAGGUGCCCUCGGGGAACCUGCAGCUACUUCCUUACGUCCUGGUAGUGGCUCACAUCCAGAUAAAUAACACAGGACUCAAUUAACUCUUAAACAGUUCAUAUCAUGUAUAUAAGUCAUAGACGAGGUUCCAGUAAGCAGGGGUCGUCGCUCCAAAGAGGCAUUAAUUUAUGACAUGUGGAUGUAUGGUAGUGCCAUCUAUACUCCAAAUUCUCAAAAUGUGAUAUUCCAUUUAAAGUCUCCAAAAGACAUUUUAUAUGACUAGGUGAUUAGAGAUCAAGGUAGUUUUACAAUUGUAUUUUGACUGAAAUGUUAUGAACCUAAAUUUUCAAUGACUUUUGAAUUGAGGUGUUAAACUCUAGAUAAGACUAGAUAAGUCCUGACUAUGAGAGCUUUAAAUAAUUGUAGCAGCCAUCACCUUCAAGAGUACUAAGCGUGAUCAUCCAUUGAUAUUUAUAGAAAAAUAAUUUGACUGAUUUUAUAACUUAUUAAGCGGAGGAUCUAAAGACAAUACUUUUAUUAACCAUUUUUUGAUUCAUUCUAGUUCAUCCAUCUAAAAUUGCAAACCAACCAACUGCCUUUACUUUGGAGAGUUGGCCCAUUUUUCUUUGAGAACACUAUUAAACUCUUUGUUAACCUCAUUUUUACCUUUGUUCAAAAAUCUUGUUGGUUGUAAGUUAAUUCAUGUUAAACUUGAAAACAAACAAGUGUACUUCCGAUUUUCACAAAUUGCCUCUUCCAUGAAUCUUGCA